UUUUACGCCUAACAGUUUAUUUAAUUCCGACGCGCGAUUAAGCGCCCGCGAAGAAAUAACACGGAAGUAACAAUCUCAUUUCUGGAAAGAGCGCGUUUCCAGUCUGUUCGUUGUGAACUAUCGACGUGAAAGUCUGCAAAAUAAUUCGCGAUCGCACCCGAGACGCGCAACUAAUUUCCCGGCGAAGGGGAAAAGCGGCAGAGGAAAGCCCAUUGUUUCGUUGUCUCUUCCUCGCGUGUGUUCUUCGAGAUAGCCGAGGGAGGAAAAAUGCCUGAACUCGAAUCGACAGUCCCACGGGAGCCUAAAACGCGCACGUAUGCAACUUCCACGCAGACAUCAGUCCGACCUGUGCCUCCCAUAAAGAUGACGCGGUCCUAUAAAAAAGCUGCCACCAUCGGAGUCGUCGGUGGAGUGAUUAUGGUUCUCGGCAUAAUCACGGGAUCGCUCUGGGCCACUACGAUAUUCGAUUUAAUAUUUGUAAAGCUGUUCACGUUGACGGAGACGUCUCUCUCCUACGACUUUUGGGUGGUGACUCCCAUUCCAAUGUACUUCAAGUUCUACAUGUUCAAUUGGUCUAAUCCGCACGAGUCUUACGAAGGUGCGAAACCGCAUUUCCAGGAAAUGGGGCCUUACGUCUUUCGUGAAAUCGACUAUAAGGUGAACAUAACGUGGAAUGACAACGGAACUGUCACGUUUCUGAGGAAGAAAGUUUGGUUCUUCGAAGAGUCCUUGUCCAACGGCAGCCUGACCGACGAGAUUACCAAUCUGAAUCCGAUCGUUGCGACGAUUGCGUCUACGAUGAAGCAUCAGCCGGUGUUUCUACGUAAGCUAAUUAACAACGUUAUGGAGAGUCUAGGAGAGAAGCUUAUCUUUACUCAAACCGUGAAAACGCUGUUAUUCGACGGAUACCAUGACACGCUGCUGGAGAUUGCGCGAAAGAUGAACGCGACGAAAAUACCCUACAGUAAAUUCGCAUGGUUCUACGCGAGAAACGACUCGGAUACUUACGACGGCUGGUUCAGCAUGUUAACCGGCGCCACCGAUUUGCACAAAAUGGGAAUACUACAAGAGUGGAACUACAGCAAUCGAACGAAUAAUUAUGAGGGUUCGUGUGGCAAUAUACGUGGAGGGUUGGGGGAUUUGUGGCCACCUUUAGAGGAUAACAAAACGGUGUCUAUAUUCAUCCCUGACAUUUGCACGACUUUGGAUUUUGCAUUCGAAAAUACAAUGCAGUAUCAAGGUAUAACAGGAAAUAGGUAUGUCGGGACUAAGGAUAUGCUCGAUAAUGGUGAAUCUGUACCCUCCAGACAAUGUUAUUGUCCCAAUGGGAAUUGCGGACCUAGCGGAGCGUUAAAUAUUUCAUCGUGCAAAUUUAAUGCGCCGGCAUACGUCAGUAUGCCGCACUUUUAUCUAGCAGACCCGAGCUACGCAGAGAACAUAACGGGAAUGUAUCCGGAUAAAGAAAAACACGAGCUAUCGAUUGUCCUAGAACCGACCACAGGUAUUCCACUCACGGUUAAGGCGCAACUACAGUUAAAUAUCUUGCUUCAACCAGUGGCUAAUAUGAGCAUGUUCAAGAAUGUAAGGGAGACCUACGUCCCGAUGUUGUGGUUUGCUCAAGAGGUUGAUCUAACUGCCAGCUACGCGAGCCAAGUCAAGCUACUCUUAAUUCUUCCAUCGUUAGGUACCGUAACCUUCUUUGGUAUAGCGGGAAUUGGAAUUCUUAUAGUCUUUAUCGGACUCUUCGUUUAUAUACGACAAAGAUGGCAAGGGGAGGAUAAUCAAGUAUUAAUAUCCAAAUACGACGGCGAUGUUAGAACAAGAGACGAAAUGUAGUAAUUGCUUCCUUUUACGCGCGUAAUUAUUAUAAGUCAGACGUCAAGAUUUAGAUAAAUUUUUUAUAUAUAGUCAUGUUUACUGUAUACGUUAUGGCUGAAACGCGAGUUCCGUUUAGUCCUUUCGUUAAUUCAGAAAAUACGCAUCGAUAUUUGUGUUCACGUGGGUUGACAAUCUUCCGUUCAAAAUCCAGAUCUACCACGCCCAUAAAAAUAUUGCAUAACUUAACGUUGUUGUCAAAAAUAACAUUCCACGUUUACAUUGACGCCGGACUUGUAGGAAUCAUGCCCUUUUUCAUGCCAUAGACAAAACUAAAAUAGUUUUACUUCCUUUUUUACUUCGCUUUACUUGAAUUCGAGCUUACUACUUCUUUACUUUCGGACAUAUAAUUAUGGAGCAGAGAUAAGACUGUAUCAACGUCUUAUAAAUAUUUGAAGCAGUUAAUGUACCAUAAGGGUACGAAAGUGCCUACUUUAGCUGUUAGUGUAGCUAUGAAUUUUCAAUAAGUAAUUGAUAAAUAACAAGCAUAGUUCAAACUGUCAAUAAGUAACUGUAAAUAUUGGAAAAUUCCUACGUUUGUCAAGAUAUGAAACGAAUGUAGUUUUUAUAUCACCGAUAUUAAAAUCUAUUAGGUACUUGUACGGUGGGACAAUCUUCAGGCAUAACUAAAACACCUUUUUGAUCAGUUACACGUGAGAGCGUAAUUAAAUUUACUAUUGGCAUGUUAUCAAAAGUAAACAUAAAUUCCGGUGUAAAUUCGGUAUAAAUGAUUUUAAUAUUGUGUAUUAAUGUUAUAUAUUGUCUAUAGAGGAAUCUAGUGCAAUAGAGUUGCGCGUAAUUUGCCAAGCAAUAAAUGCGGCGCUAAAUAAUUAUCAUACGCGGCGGAACCAAUUGUACGAUUGCGACUUUUAUUAAUAAUAAAAUAAUUGUGACAUCUUCGUAAAUUGUAUUAGUAUAUAUUUUCGCGCCAAUUACACGCGAUACACUCAAAUUGUGAUAAAAUUGAACAAUGCGUUCGGAUGUCGAAGCUUUAGAUAGUACGUUGCGGAGCAAUGGGACAAAUGUCGUAUUACGUGAAAUUACCAAAAGCUCGAUUUGGAUGAAAACUCCAGAGGAAAAUAUGUCGAGAUAGUUUUGCUUUUACAAGGUUCGUUUCGCUCUGUAUCCCGCAGCUUCAGACGUAACAAAACAUACGGCGCACUCACACGAGAUCGAACUUUCAAUACUUAUUGUCAUCCUAAAUAUCUGUGAUAUACAAUAGAGAAGAUGUAUAUGAUCGUGGAAAUGUGAACGGAGUAUAAAACUGUUUUAUCGAGA